AUGUCACAAGACACACAGAACGUCGCUCCAUGGCUCGCGGGCCUCGGCGACGAUGAUGAUGUGUCGUGGGAUAUACCGAUUCCUUCCGACAUCAACAUCUCGUCCGCCAGCCACGACGCCAACUCGAUACAAUACGGCUCCACGCGCAACUCGAGGCGCAAAGUCAGCGGCCCAUGGGGCUCAGUGCGAGGCACAACCCAGAAACGACGAAGCCCGCUAUCAACUUUGAGCAACAGUAACAACAAUACCCAGCGUCGUCCUCACGGCUUGUCGAAGCUCACGCAAUCGCGAUCCUUCUCUGGCGCGUCAGACACAUCUGUGGUGCAGUACGACACUGUCGCCCAGCGGUCGAAGAGCUCGUCGCCGGCAAAAAAGCAGCAGACUUUGGAGUGGAAGAGACGUCUGCUACAAGGAAGAGUCGGCUACGGUGAUCAGACCGAUCUCUUUGGCGCGACUGGGCUCGAGAACAUUUUCGCCCAAACACCUGCAGAUGAUGGACCAAAGAAGGCCACGAGCAGCAUGAGCUGGCUGGACCGAUCUGCUGUGGCCGCGAUGCCGUCUAGUCCCCCGCCUUGGCCUUCGCAGCACGAUCAGUCUGAGCGAUACGAGGAGCAUGAGAAUGUGGAAGAAGGAGAUCGUCUGGGCACAGUCGACGAGGAGCAUGAGAGCAGGACAACAGCCGAGCAGUAUCAGAAUGAAGACAGUUUUGAGAGCAACCCAUACGAUCUGCAGGACUCAGAAGAUCCAGAGAUCCCAGGGACUGAACUGGACCAGCCAUCGAAUGUACCCUACUCGAGUCCUGAUCGACCCAUCACGGACGUUGCGCACGAUAACGUUGUGGGCAACCGCACUAUGAGCGGACAAACGGAUCUUGACGACUUCAGUCCGGUCUUCGUCUCGAAGCAUACAACAAUGACCGGCCAGGUGGAGUACAAGGCUUUGGACUCGCGACUUGUCAAGCAAUUCCAGAAGAGCACAGUCGACCUUCGACAUCCUAGCCAGGGGCAGUCUUCCGAUGAUACUCUUGCGGAACCUCAGGAGCCAUCCAUAGUGGAGCAGUCCGGAUUCACUGACGGACCCGAGAGUGAGGUACUUCCAGCUGUGCCAGAUCUGUCUCUGUCAGAAAACCUCCCAACUGGCACACCACCAACCGCGAACCUUGGAGAGAAUGUGCAAACAAGACGAGGUGGCUGGUCCGCAGAAGGAUCGUUCAAAGAGAAGCCACUCAGCCCAUCCCCAUCCAAGACUGAGCCGUCAAUUGUCCGACAUCAAACGAGCGAGUUGCUUUCACCGGUUGAUGCUACCUCACGAAACGAUCGGCCUGCCACCCCAAGCCAAGGACAAUCUGAGCCACGCUCGAGAUCAUCGGGCAGUCCGCUGAAAUUGUUCGGCCCUCAUGAUACCUUCACCAGCAACAGACUGUUGAGACGCAUGAGUCAACUGGAUCCAGAUCUCUCUCAGAUUCGCUCAGACGAUGGAGACGAGGAGACACGUCAGCAUCGCCCGUCAGCUGUCCGACAACCCGGCUUUCGCAACGUGUCGGGCAACUCGUUCGGCAGUGGUGAUCUCAGUGGCCACCCCUUCAAUGCUGAAAUCACAAUAACGAGCGCAUCAGACUCCGACAGGGCUGAUAGCGAUCGUUCGCCGGGUUCAGAGGUACCGCCUCCGGGCAGUAGAGCUCCCCUCGGCUUCAGGUUUGACGACGCGCCCGCUGCAGGUGACACAUUCAAGCUGAAGCGGAAGAUAUCCAAACGGAGCGAGGUUAACUCAAAGACUUCGACUCUCAACACCCAGUACCGUUAUCCGACAGUCGAAGAUGCCUCUGAAGCAGCAUCUGUAGCCAGACGAGUAGACAGCAACACUGCAGCCGGCAAGCGACCGCCGAACUCACCAUUCAAAGCGCCCACACCAAAGCGACGUCGAACGUUGCACGCUUCUGAGCUAGUGGAUGAAGUGGCUGAGGCCAACGGAUCGUACCAUAGCCAGCUCCAGGAAGCUCUGAGUGGCAGCAAGCGGAGAGCCUCUCGUAAUGAUCGCCAUUACGACAUCGCCGACCCCGAUGUUCUCGCAGAACGCAAGAUGCUUCGGCCUAGAAAUCCAACCCCAAGUCAGCGGCGGCGCGAUAAGAUCGAGGCGGAAAUCAGAGAGGCUGCAGAGCAGUUUGCCGAGCAGGAGCCUGAAGCAUUGGAGGCUGUCAUGGAGCAGAUCGAAUCGUCUAUGGUGUCAGGAACUCCUCCAUCUAUCGAGCAACAAGCGAAUGUGGUGGCCAACGAAGUCGCCAAGUUCAGCCUGCGCGUCCAAAAGGCGUCCGGCGACUAUGCUGAGCGGAAACGAUCCGUUACCACCCAAGACUUCUUUAACGAGGCCGUCAUGGUCAUGCGAUUGAUUCGCGAGAAAGCUGGCCGUCAAAGUGGGCUCGGUAGUGUCGCAGAGUCUGACCAAGAAGCCAUCAGUGAGGGCGAUCAGUCUGGGCAGGAUCUAUCAUCCCUGCGAGUGUCUAGACCACCAUCCCGAGAAGCUGUGAGUGGGUGGCGGCCUCGAAACUCUCAGCCUACCGACGCCAGAGUUAUCAGCCAUCUCCGUCGCUUCCAGGAGCGGGAUGAUACCGAAUUCCUGGCCCAGUCUGUCAUCUCGGCACAUGCUGAUGAUAAUGAUGUUCCAGAUGUGGUAGUAGACGAGCACUCCAACAUCCGUAUCAGGGGUCCCAUGCUGAUGCGCGAUCACCAUGCCGACGAAGAACAUAGCCGCCCAUCAACACAACACUCACAACAAAGCUCGCUCGCUUCCCACUCCAGCCAGAACUCGGAUGCUACAUCUACAGGCCGGACGGUGCUUUCGCGUAAGUCUGAGAAUCUUGGUAACCUGGCACCAGAUGCCGUAGCUCAUCUUAUCGGCGAACAAGUUGGUGCCAUGACAUAUGACAGAGACAGACAGCAGUGGGUCAAGGCUCGAAGCCCCAAAAAACAAGCUUACGGCAGUUUCCUCGAGCCACCAAGUAACAUUACCAGCGACGAUGAUCCGUUCCGCGAGAUAUCGGAUCUGCCUGUCGACGAGCACAAGGAAGAGGAGAUUAGGAAAGCCAGCGCGCAACGAAGGCCGAGUGCCGUACAAUUUGAAGGCCGGCCUGUUUCAGCAUCCGGGGCUGAGCUCUACAUGGCUGCGCAGAUCGAGUCUCGUACAACCUCACAAGAGACAGUGCUGAAUCGGCCCACCACACGAGACAGUAAAGUAUCUUGUCAUACCUACUCCAGCUCAGAUCCAUCGCGGUAUACUGCCUUCGCCUCAAGUCAGCAACAGACCAAUGAGACUCGUGCGACAUCAUGGGGUGAUGACGACUUGCAUCGACUGGCUGCACAGGGUAAGGCCCAGCAGCAACCGCUUGCAUAUGCCGCGGCACAAGCUGCAUUAGCCAUCGCUCAUCGCAACGAGGCUACCGAGACUCUGCAAGGGGUUGUGGAGGAGGAUGAGAGCUGCAUGUCUUCCACAGGUCACGGCCUCCAUGGUCACGUAUCGGCAAGCCUGGAAGACCAGACAAUUGAAGCCAGUCUUGUCGACGAGACCGGAUACUCGGAUGGACUCGCAGUUGAAGAGCUCGAGUCACCGAAGCUUAGACGCGCAUUGCCUACUAUGCCAACAAAUCAGCCAAGCUCGACUUACCGCGGAGCUGCUAGGCAGAUGUCGCUCCGCCGAAAGACGCUCACAAGUCGAUUCAAUGACGCCGAAACCCACGAGCAGAGCGAACUAUCGUUUGUGGCGCCUCUGCCGGGAGAUCGUAUGAUGAGUGUCUCGCUGAGUGUUUCGAGGCCGAUGAGCAAACGUCAGCAAGGACAUGUGAUCGAGGCACCAUCAUCACCCGCUAAGUACGAUCCUAGCUUCAUGCUUAGCGAUCUGCCAGACUUCACGAUUCACGAGGAAGACAAAGAGAGACCAUCAGAGAAGGCUCUUGCUCAAAGGCUGGCGCGGCAUGCUGCAGCCGAGGUGGAUGAUCGCUACGCCUUGGCUAUGAAGGACAUGGUCAAGGUCCUCACGGAUGUGAAGGCGGAUGAGCCAUACUGGGAAGAGCUGAAGCAGCUCGAUCUCCACGAUCGGGGUCUUGCUUCCUUGCACGGACUGGACGGCUUUUGCGGAAGAGCACAGGAUCUCGAUGUGUCAAACAACAAGCUAGCAUAUCUCAACGGCGCACCCGCAACUGUGAGGCACCUUAUCGCACGAUCAAAUCAGCUGAGCAGCUUGACACCCUGGAGUCAUCUGAUGAACCUGCAGUACCUUGAUAUCUCCGGGAACGAAUUGCAGAACCUGGAUGGUCUGAGCUGCCUGAUCCACUUGCGCGAGUUGAAGGCCGAUGACAACAAUAUCCAGAGCCUUGACGGGAUCCUACAUCUUGAUGGUUUGCUCAAGCUCAGGGCAAGGAGAAACAGACUGCAGGUUAUCGACUUCGCGCAGAGUCAGCUCGAUCGUCUCGAAGAGCUGGAUCUUUGCGAUAACGGGAUCACUGCCGUGCAGCAUGUGGACUUCUUGCCGGCGCUCAGAUCCUUGAAGCUUGAUCACAACAAGCUCUUGGGGCCUCUGAGGUUCCACGAGCGAAUGCCCAAGAUGAGAUUCGUAUCGCUGAAGGACUGUGAGCUGCGCCACUUGAAUGUGACGUGCCUGCCGGGUAUCAGGACGCUUCUGCUUGAUCAGAACUGCCUGUCGACCGUGCAAGGUAUUGCACAUCUGAAGCGUCUGGAUGUCAUCUCGAUGAGAAAGCAGACUCUGCUUGCUGGUCAAGAUGUCACUCUGCUUGAGGAAGAUCUCGUCGCGCGCACUGUCCACCUCUCUGGCAACAGCCUGCCAAUGAUCUCUUUACCCCACAACCUGCUGAGCGUCCAACACCUCGAGCUGGCAUCCGUAGGUCUCCAAGAGCUACCACCUGACUUCGGCUUGAAGUUGCCAAACCUCGCAACACUCAACUUGAACUUCAACUCGCUCAAAGACAUCAGGCCUGUGCUCAACAUUAACAGACUCGAGCAACUUCUCGUGUGCGGCAGUCGAUUGGACAGAUUACGCAAGACCGCGAUUACGUUGUCGAAAUUGAAGACGCUGAAGACGGUCGACAUCCGCGGCAACGAUCUGACACAGCCUUUCUACCCACUCCAUGCUUGCACCCAGCCGAUAACGAGCGUGAUUCGAAGAAGUGCAUGCGGUGGCAUGGAGGACGACGAAGAUACGAAGGCAGAGGAUGGGGAAUCAAUGAAGUAUCUUCUUCCACCUCUCGAUCCGGGAGCAGAUCGUAUACACUACGAACGUAUGGACGAGGAUGCCAAGUUGCGCAGGAAAGUAUAUCACGCAAUAUUGGCGAAUGGCUGUCCUACAUUGGAGUUCCUCGAUGGACUGGCGUUUGAUAAGAAAGGCGCAAUGGCUAGGGAUGCGACUUGGCAUAAGUUGGUUGAGCUUGGGGUACUGAGGAAGAGUGGCGCCGUCGGAUUGAAAGAGAAUGAGCCUAGUCCUUGA